AUUUUAUUUUUUUUUUUAACAAUAAUAAUCUUUAUUUCUUUUGUUAUAUUAUUUUCCAAACACCCAUUAAGAAUGGGAUUAAUAAUUAUUACCCAAACUUUAAUCUUAUCAUUAAUUUUAGGAGUAUAUAUUAACACUUAUUGAUUUUCUUACAUUCUUUUCCUAGUUUUUCUAGGAGGAUUAUUAGUUUUAUUUAUUUAUGUGUCAAGAAUUGCAUCAAAUGAAAUAAUAAACUUUUCUUUUAAAAUAAAAUUAUUUUUUUUAUUGAUAAUUAAUAUGAUAAUAAUUUUAUCAAUUUUAAAAAUAAAAAACUAUUUCAACUUUAUUGACAAUUUUAUUAAUAAUGAAAUAAAUGAAAUAACUAACUACUUUUUAUUUUUUAAUGAAAAUAAAAUCAAAUUAUCAAAAUUAUAUAAUUCUCAAACUUUUUUAAUAAUCAUAAUAAUUAUUAUUUAUUUAUUUAUUACUCUAAUUGCUAUUAUUAAAAUUACUAAUAUUUUUUUUGGGCCAUUACGAUCUUUUAACUAA